AUGAUUGUAAAUACGACUACGGAUACGAAUCUGCCGAAGCAGAAGAUACAGAGGAGGAAACUGGCCAGGUCGAAAAGCAUAAUACAGCAAAUUUUUCACUCGAAAGAUGGGACUGACGAUCCGAAGCUGAAAAAUGUCCGACAAACGGAAAUACUCGUAGAUCUCAAGGAUUCAGUGUUGCAAAUAUGCCGCUAUUUCAUCAGCUGUGACGAGAAGAUGGAAUUGAAUAUCUCUACAAAGGCGGACUACAGUCCGGAAUCGCAUGCGCACGACAUCGACAAUUUCCUUGCCGGUCGUCGUGAAGGCCAUAAAAGAGCUAGAGCAUUACUAGAUUUUGCACGGCAGGACGAGGACGAACUCGGAUUCAGAAAAAAUGACAUCAUAACGAUAAUAUGCGAAAAAGAUGAGCACUGUUGGGUCGGUGAGGUCAACGGACUUCGAGGAUGGUUUCCAGCAAAAUUUGUGGAGGUAGUCGACGAGCGAGGCAAAAAUUACACUGUCUAUGGAGAUGAGGCUGUUUCGCCAGAAAUCACUGAAUACAUCCGAGGCAAUACAUAUUUUUGUACCGCGAAAAUUAUACCACUCGAAGCUUCUUUCUGUCGUCUAGCUAAUAGCUUCCGACAAGUAAUGGACCAUGGAAUUAUGGAGAGUGUUUUAUAUCCAUCCACCGCUUACCAUCCUUGGUCUUUCAUCGAAGACAUCGCUUAUUACUCAGUGGAAAAGCACUUUAACUCUGUAUACUCUCGCUUGACGCUAUGCAACACUUUCAAACUGGACCAGGAUGGCAAA